AUGACUGAUCAGAUCUAUCAUCGGAACUGCAAGCAUUUACCUGCAACUAAAGAGGCUGUUCCUUCACAGCAGAUAGAGUCUGAAAAGGCUGCUUCUGGUCCUGUUUCCUGUGCACUGGAUGCUGUGUCCAGUUCAGACUGGGAGACCCCUGUGCUCCGUGUCAGUUCAGACCGGGAGACCCCUGUGCUCCAUGUCCAGUUCAGACCGGGAGACCCCUGUGCUCCAUGUCCAGUUCAAACUGGGGGACUCCUGUGCUCCAUGUCCAGUUCAGACCGGGAGACUCCUGUGCUCCAUGUCCAGUUCAGACCGGGAGACCCCUGUGCUCCAUGUCCAGUUCAGACUGGGGGACUCCUGUGCUCCCUGUCCAGUUCAGACUGGGAGACUCCUGUGCUCCAUGUUCAGUUCAGACUGGGAGACUCCUGUGCUCCAUGUCCAGUUCAGACCGGGAGACUCCUGUGCUCCAUGUCCAGUUCAGAGUGGGAGACCCCUGUGCUCCAUGUCCAGUUCAGACCGGGGGAUAGUCUGUGCUCCAUGUCCAGUUCAGACCGGGAGACCCCUGUGCUCCGUGUCAGUUCAGACCGGGAGACUCCUGUGCUCCAUGUCCAGUUCAGACCGGGAGACCCCUGUGCUCCAUGUCCAGUUCAGACUGGGGGAUUCCUGUGCUCCGUGUCAGUUCAGACCGGGAGACCCCUGUGCUCCAUGUCCAGUUCAGACCGGGAGACUCCUGUGCUCCAUAUCCAGUUCAGACCGGGAGACCCCUGUGCUCCAUGUCCAGUUCAGACCGGGAGACUCCUGUGCUCUGUUUCCAGUUCAAAUCGAGCACAAGUUCCCUGUACUAUCCGUGAUUGGCUCUGCCCUCAAUCUGGCCAUCCUCUUGCUCCUCAUGUUAGUGUAGCUGGAAAAAUAGAGAUGAAGAAAAGGAUCAAACUGGAGCUGAGGAACAGGAGCCCAGGCGAGGUUGCAGAGGUAGUAAUCGACAACUGUCGCAGCAAUGAAGGGGAGAUUGAUGGCUUUGAUGAAGGAUUUAUCUCAGCAGACAAUUUGCCAGGAGCUGAGGACCUACAUGUGAAGGUUUUAAAAGAAGUGGCUGCAGAGAAAGUCAAGACAUUAGUCAAAAUGUUUUGGAAUUCACUGGACUCUGGGAAGUUUCCAUCACGUUGGAAAUCUGUCAGUGUGAUGCUUCUGUUCGAGAAGGGACAGAGACAGAUGCAGAAAAUGGUUGCCUGUUCAUCGAUCAGAAGUUAUUUGGUUCUACAACUAUUAUCAAUCAGUGGAAUAUCAUUUUCGGUGUCAUCAACACUCCACAAGCACCAACGCAUUCACACAGGGGAGAAACCAUUCACAUGCAAAGUGUGUGACAAAUCAUUUUCGGUGUCAUCAACACUCCACAAGCACCAACGCAUUCACACAGGGGAGAAACCAUACAUGUGCAAGGUUUGUGACAAAUCAUUCUCUGACACGUCAGGUCUCCUGCUCCAUCAGAGGAUUCACACAGGGGAGAAACCAUUCACAUGCAAAGUGUGUGACAAAUCAUUUUCGGUGUCAUCAACACUCCACAAGCACCAACGCAUUCACACAGGGGAGAAACCAUACAUGUGCAAGGUUUGUGACAAAUCAUUCUCUGACACGUCAGGUCUCCUGCUCCAUCAGAGGAUUCACACAGGGGAGAAACCAUUCACAUGCAAAGUGUGUGACAAAUCAUUUUCGGUGUCAUCAACACUCCACAAGCACCAACGCAUUCACACAGGGGAGAAACCAUACAUGUGCAAGGUUUGUGACAAAUCAUUCUCUGACACGUCAGGUCUCCUGCUCCAUCAGAGGAUUCACACAGGGGAGAAACCAUUCACAUGCAAAGUGUGUGACAAAUCAUUUUCGGUGUCAUCAACACUCCACAAGCACCAACGCAUUCACACAGGGGAGAAACCAUACAUGUGCAAGGUUUGUGACAAAUCAUUCUCUGACACGUCAGGUCUCCUGCUCCAUCAGAGGAUUCACACAGGGGAGAAACCAUUCACAUGCAAAGUGUGUGACAAAUCAUUUUCGGUGUCAUCAACACUCCACAAGCACCAACGCAUUCACACAGGGGAGAAACCAUACAUGUGCAAGGUUUGUGACAAAUCAUUCUCUGACACGUCAGGUCUCCUGCUCCAUCAGAGGAUUCACACAGGGGAGAAACCAUUCACAUGCAAAGUGUGUGACAAAUCAUUUUCGGUGUCAUCAACACUCCACAAGCACCAACGCAUUCACACAGGGGAGAAACCAUACAUGUGCAAGGUUUGUGACAAAUCAUUCUCUGACACGUCAGGUCUCCUGCUCCAUCAGAGGAUUCACACAGGGGAGAAACCAUUCACAUGCAAAGUGUGUGACAAAUCAUUUUCGGUGUCAUCAACACUCCACAAGCACCAACGCAUUCACACAGGGGAGAAACCAUACAUGUGCAAGGUUUGUGACAAAUCAUUCUCUGACACGUCAGGUCUCCUGCUCCAUCAGAGGAUUCACACAGGGGAGAAACCAUUCACAUGCAAAGUGUGUGACAAAUCAUUUUCGGUGUCAUCAACACUCCACAAGCACCAACGCAUUCACACAGGGGAGAAGCCAUUCACAUGCGAAGUAUGUUUCAAAUCAUUCUCAGAUUCAUCAUACCUCUGCAGACAUCAACGUAUUCAUACAGGAGAGAAACCAUUCAUAUGUGAUGUGUGCAAUAAAUCAUUCUCAAGGUCAUGCAACCUGCUGCUCCAUAAGAGGAUUCAUACAGGGGAGAAACCAUUCACUUGUGAAGUUUGCAAUAAAUCGUUCUCGUCAUCCUCGACCCUCCGCACACACCAUCACGUUCAUACUGGGGAGAAACCAUUCACAUGUGAAGUGUGUGACAAAUCGUUCUCUCAGUCAGGGAUCCUUCGCACACACCAACGCAUCCACAUAGAAGGCAAACCAUUCAAGUGUGAAGUGUGUGGCAAAUCAUUCUCGCAGUCAGACAGCCUCCACAGUCACCAGUGCAUCCACACUGGGGAGAAACCAUUUAUGUGCAAUGUAUGCAACAAAUCAUUCUCAAGGUCCUGGAAUCUCUUGUUCCACCAGAGGAUUCAUACAGGGGAGUAAAAGGUUUCGGAUAUCUUUGAUGACCUAGGACAUUACAAGAUUCACAAAGAAAAGAAACUCUUCAGUGCAAUAUUUAUGACAAGACUUUCACAUGGAAUUUCUCCUGGUCCAUCAACACAUGAUUGCAGGAUAGAACCCUACUGGCCUGUAUUCUGUAAUGAAGACUCCACAAAGUUCUCUUGUCUCUCAGAACAUCAACAGUCCCAAGUAUUUGCCAGUCUCUCAUUGAAUGUGAAUUCCCUCCCUAACAGCAUUGUCGAUCUACCUACAGAACAAAGACUACAGUAGUUCAAGAUGACAGCUCACCAUCACUUUUCAAGGUCAUCUCGGGAUAAACAAUAAAUGCUGGCCCAUGCCCCAUGAGUGAAUUUUAAAAGUUGCGCACAAACUCACUAUGCAGGGUGUUCAGUAGGACUGGGACACAAAAAAAAAGCAGUUUUCACUCCCAUCAAACAAUUAGUGAUCACAACACUGUGUUGUCAACAAUGGAGUCACCCUGCUUUGUGAUGCCAGGACUGAGAGAAACUCCUUGCAACGAGGACAACCAGUUGUAUUAUCCAGAGGGUUAACACAAACUGAACAACGCUGUACAUGGAUGGUAUUUAAGUAUCUGAUUGUUGUGUUCUGGGUAUUGUGGCUGGUAAAGAAUGUUACUUCAUUUACAGAGAUGUAACUGGGAAGUGAAGUACAAGCAAGGGAAGCAGAUAUACAUCAAUGACAUGCUAUCGAGUGCUGCACUAUCUAAGAAGGAGGUUGAUGCUGAUACACAGUGUGAUAUAGUCUAGAUUCAAUAAGAAGCAACAGCAUGACAUGCUUCAGGAGGCAUUGGCCCAAUGCAAACAUUAGUGCAGAUCUUCUAGUCUCGAGAUCAUCAGCUACUGCUCUUAAAGCACAAAAUGUGCAAUGAAACCCCUUGCAAGUUCAAACAUACUAACCCUAUGGGAAUUUCCCGAGAAGUUGCAAAGUCCAAUGGGGAAAAAAGCCUCUAAAAAGUCUCCAAAUCUGAAUUAGUAUCAGAGAGUUUGUUCAGUUCCAAUAUGCUCUUAUAAAUUCUGUUUUAUUUCCCUGUAUUUUUAAUUGUGGACUGAAAUGAGAAAAGAACUAUUUUAAAAUCAAGAAUUGCUGGAGGAUUGUUGACUGGUUUUAAAGCAAGUAACCUGACUGUCAUUGCAGGCAUCGUUCAUAUAGCUGCUGAUUCCAGCAGUACCUGAAAUGUAUGUUGCAGUCAAGUUGGAACCAGAGAGUUGUGUACAAGGCAGCUUUGGCAAUUAGUAACUGACUGAAGCAAUGGUCAGUUCUCAUUGACAAUGGCCUUCUGCCUGCCAACAACGGUGAUUGGUUUGGGGCAGCUUGGAGCUGCAUAUGUUCUCUGGAACAAAAACACCUAGCAAUCUGAAGAAAACGCAGUUUAAUUUUCCUUCAGCAGUUGCAGUAAAUGAUAUUUUCUAAUUAAUCAGUUCGCAACUUUAUAAAAGGGUGAACUGGUCCCCGUGGCAAACCAGUGAAAACAUCUGAAGAAGGAAGACCAACAUUCACAAGGAUCAUCUCUGGAAUGCUUUGAACAGGAACCACUCUCACUUAUUUCCCUCUGUAUCUGUGUGUAAAGGAGAGUUUGAAAGGGUAUUAGACUUUUAACGAGUAGAGUGAUAUGCCAGAAGCUCCUUAUUGUUGACCUGUAGCUAGAGUCUGUUUACUUAUCCUAUAUUGUCAUUGUUAAGUACAGAAAUCUAGUCAGUAUUUUCUGUUAUUUUGGGUAUAAAGCACAUAUAAAUCGGAGAUUUCUAUGUGUGUUUUAAUGUCUCUAAUCUUUGUGAUAUCCCCAAGAGUAGUGGGGCUUGAUUUCCAGUGUGCUACCCCAGCAAGAUGUAACAUUUAACUGAAUAGUUGCCCAGGAGAUUUUAAAUCCCAAGCUAAUAUCUGACCCAUUGACUAUAGCCAACUGAUCCCCAUCACCUCUGAUUCGUGGCUGGACAACUUCACUGCCUGACCCGACAGGCCACCUUCCCAGACACAACCUGACCAUCCCCAAUACCCGAUCACCUCUGAUCAGACAGAACUCCCCUCCUGACAACCCCUCCUGACCUGACGAACACCCAACUUAAUUGUCCAUUCUCCCACCCUAACCAGCUGCCAUUCAACCCAUUAACUACACUAGCCCCUACUUACCUCAUCCAUCUACCCAUCUUGACCAUUCACACAUUGAUCCUCUCAUACCAUAAUAUUCACACUGGACCUUUAUCUUGGGCAGCUAGCUCCGUAAAUAAAAGAUAUGUUGUUUGCAUUGAUUCUCUUCACUGCUGUCUGUAUAGAUUCCUGCACUGAUUCUCUUCGGUGCUUUCUGUGAAUUAAUGCAUUGGCUCGCUUCACUGAGUCAUUGAGUUUUUAUAGAAUGGAAAGAGAGACGCUCGGCCCAUCAUGCUUGUGUUUAUUCACAUCCCAUUUUUUAGCACUUGACCUGCAGCCUUGUAUGCUAUGGCGAUUCAAAUGCUUAUUUGAAUACUUCUUAAAUGUGUUGAGGGUUCCCACCUUUCACCUAGUAAGUUCCAGGUAUCCACCAUAGGAUGAAAAAUAUUUCCUCAAACCCUGCUAAACCUCCUGCUCAUAGAGCCUUCCUGUCCACAUUUUAAGAAUUCUGCUGCCUCUGUGCCUUUCAAGUUUUGUGUAUCUCAGAUAAUAUUGGGGUAAUUGAAAUACUGUAGUCUGAUUACCAUAUUGUUUUUACACUUCUGUGAGAUUUGCUUACCUAUCAGGCUUCCCAUCUCCCUCUGACUACUUGGGGUUGCUGUGAGUGUCCCAUUUUUGUUUUAAAGUUCCAACUACAUGGCCUCAUUUGAGGUGCCUUCUAAGAUAUCAUCCCUCUCUAUUGCAGUAAUUGAUCCUUUGAUCAAUAUUGCAACACUGCUUCUUUUACAUCCUGCCUCCUGGCCUGAAGCUCCUAUACCAUGGAAUAUUGUUGCCAGUCUGCCACACCCUCAACCACGGAUCCAUUCUAGCAACAAUAUCGUAUCCCUUGUGGUAUUCAACACCAUCAAUUCAUGCACUUUUUUCGAGACUGACUUAGUCCUUCUUCAGUGUUGUUCUGUGUAUCACACCCUACUGUGCAUCCACUAUCCCAUCCUGCUGCCAAAUUUAGUUUAAAUCCCCACCAAAACUGCACUAGCAAAUCACCCAGGAAGGAUGAUGUCUCAGUUGUGGUUCAGAUACAAACCAUCACACUUGUUCAGGCCCUACCUUCCCAGGAAAUACACCCAGUGAUCCAGAAGGCUAAAGUCCUGUUUCUACUCCAGUACAUUCACCUGGUCUAUCCGCCUAUCCAGUAUCCACCAGAAUGUGAUAAUGGGAGAAAUUCAGAGAUUACAGCCUUUGAGGUCCUGCUUUUUAAAUUUGCUAUAUAGCUCCCUAAAUUCUUGUUGCAUGAUCUCUUCCCUCUUUCUACCAAUAUCGUUGGUACCAAUUUGAACCACCUCUGACUGUUCCCCCUUGCCCUUCAGAAUGCUUUGUAGGUUCAGUGGCAUCCUUGACUGUGACCCCAGGAAGGUAAGUCACCAUUCUGGAGUUAGGUCUGUGGCUGCAGAAUUACCUGUGAGUCCUAGUCAUGGCUGAGUUUCCCACCACUAUUGUUCUUGCACUCUUUCUGCUCUCCACCUUGCACCACAAAGCUCUGGCUGCACUCCUCGGAGGACCCAUCACUCUUAGUGCUUUCCAAUACAGAAAAUCUGAUGCAUUCUGGGGCUUUCCUGAAUCUCUGACUCCCUCCCUACUACCGACUGGUGGUCACCAUCAAUGAGAAAUGCUUCUUAAGUUGCCAGAUGACCAUGUCCCCAAAAACAUACUGUCCACAUAACUCUCAGCCUGCUGGAUCACUACUGUGCCUCCAGUUGAUGCUCAAGCUCUGAAACCUCAUUCUGAAGUUGAUCAAACCAGUGCUACUUCCGGCAGAUGUGGUUAUCCAGUCUGCCAGGAGCAUCUAUGUUUUCCCAUAUCUUGCAGGUAACACAACCAAUUAGACUGAGCUCCCCUGGUGUACCAUUAAUUAAAACAUUUUUAGUCAGAUAAGUAAAAAAAAAAUUAAAUUUGAAAAUUUCAUUUGAAUAAAAGCUACAACUUUUGCCUUUUCUCAGUCUCUCUUUGAAGUAGAGAAACAAUGUAAAGACUAUCUACCAAUCACUUCCCUGCUUUGUGCUAAUAUCACUUUUGUCAGUCUAUAUGAAUUUUGUUGGGAUCGAUGUCUCUCUGUCGGUGUUUCCCGCAGGUCUGGUUGUCUCCAUUCCCAGAAGGUGAGUUAAAACCCCAAGCCUUGCCCUCUCUUCAUCUGCUGCUCGGGAAAAGAUGACCCUCGUGGUCCAGCAGUCUCCACUGAGAGAAGAUGCGUGCAUUUAUGUGACAUGUGCAGGUCCACCAAUAUUCCACUGAAACUAAAUAUUUCUUUACAAUAAAAUUAUUUCUUUACAAUAUCUGACAGUACAACUGUGAAAAGGGUCAAUUGCUUUUAUGAACUUGAGGCUCUGGAUGAGAUCAACUAGCAUUAUGAAAUGGUGGAUGUUUUUGGAACAAUUUCUGUUCCAAAGAUGAGGAUCUAGAGGAGGUCAAUUGUUGUUACAAUGUCCUCGAUCUGGAGGAGAUAAGUGGUGAUACAAAUUUGAGGAUCUGGAGAGAUCACUUGGUGUUAGAAUGGCAAGGUUCUUACACAGGUGAAAUGUUGUUAUAAAAUUAAGGUUUGGAAGGACUUCUGAUAUUGUGAUGAAGGUGAAAAAAUCCAUUGGUAUUACACAAACAUUGAUAUUCAGAAAAUCUGUUAGUAUUUUGAAUAUGAAGAUCUGGAGUAGAUGAGUUGGUGUUAGGAAGACAAGGUUCUGGACCAUAUUCAGAGGCUGAUGUCCUGAGGUCUCAUUUGGGAACUGGACAGCAGCAAUUGCCAAUUAAUAUUUUGUACCAGGUAGCCCAUCGGCUGAGUUGG